AUCAACAUCAGACUGCCGAAAAGUUUUUGGAAAUUUCCAUUUUCCUUUGCGAAUAAUGGAGCUGUUUUUGGUUUAACUAAAAAAAUACCGGUUAAAUGGAGUCCAAAUAGUUGUUAAAGUUUGCGCUACUACGCACUGUGCGACUUUCAGGUCCGGAACGAGAAACGUGUGAUUGAACCGAGUUUUCUUCUUUCCCGCAAAUAAAGGAUUGGAAAGCGAGAUUGAAAAAGAUUUUAGGUUCGAGUUAGACACAAGAGACGACUUUAAAUAAGCUAAUUGAAGAUGCUUCCGCUGACACACAAAGACUCCCGUGGCUUCACGUACAAGGUGCGGGAGAAGCUGAACAGCCUAACGAGAUUGAUCUUUUCCGAUCGGAACUCGAGGAAUCUGUUGCUGUUUUUGCUGCUCAACUUGAGCUUCGCUUUCGUUGAGUUGAUGUAUGGAAUAUGGACCAACAGUUUAGGUCUGAUUUCCGACUCAUUCCAUAUGUUCUUUGAUUGUACCGGAUUACUAGCCGGGUUGGCCGCAUCGAUCAUUACCAAAUGGAAAGCCAACGACAAAUACUCGUACGGUUAUGUCCGAGCGGAAGUGCUGGCCGGUUUCGUCAACAGUUUGUUCCUGUUGUUCAUUGCAUUUUUCAUCAUGUCCGAGGCAGUGGAACGUGCGAUUGAACCGCCAGAGGUCAAACAUGAGCGUUUGUUUGUGGUGUCAGUACUGGGAUUGUUAGUCAAUCUGGUCGGUAUUUAUGCAUUCCAGCAUGGAGGGCAUGGUCACAGUCAUGGAGGUCACAGUCACGGCGGAGGUGGACAUGGGCAUUCGCAUGGUGGUCACAGCGAUACAAAUCAUCUGUUGGCAAAUCAUAAUAAUCAUGGACACAGCCACGGCGAGGACAACCAUGGACACAGUCAUGGCACUGCAUCGAUCAACAUGGAGCAACAGAUCGCAUCAAACAAUUCGCAAAUUAUGCGUGGAGUCUUCCUGCACAUUUUGGCCGAUACGCUGGGUUCGGUUGGUGUUAUCAUUUCGGCAGUUCUGAUGCAGCUGUUUGGUUGGAUGCGGGCGGAUCCAAUCUGUAGUAUCUUCAUUGCACUGAUGAUUGGCCUGAGUACCCUUUCCUUGAUCAAAGAAUCGGUAAUGGUUCUGAUGCAGCGCCAGCCGGUGGGCUUGGAUCGCUUACUGUCACAAUGCUACCAGAAGGUUACGGGACUGGCAGGCGUCUACAGCGUUCAGGAACCUCACUUUUGGACUCUGUGUAGUGAUGUCUAUGUAGGAGUUAUCAAACUGGAGGUCUCCAAGAACGUCGACCCUCGCUAUGUGGUACAGCACACGCGCAUGAUCUUCGAGGCGAUCGGUGUACGGCAAAUCAAUAUCCAGCUCGACUAUGCCGCAAUGUGAUAAGUUAGUUGUGAGAGAUAGAGAAACGAGUAAGUAUUUUUGUCCGUGUGCGUGUGCGUGCUGGCCCUUCGUUUUUGUUUUUCGAAGGUCUUGUUUCCCGUUAAUGAUUCUGAUUUGUAUGAGCGUGUGAGCGAGAAACAUUUCUAGCAGAUCGCUAAGAAACAAAAAAGAAUGCAUUUCGAGCCACAGUUGAUUGGAACGGAGAAGAACACACAUUUAUUCUAUAUUUGAGGUACCUACACUUUUUUGAGUGGCUGUAGAGUGGACAAGGCAUCGUAACUAUAAUAGUAGAAAGCAAGUUUUUUUUUGUCCUGCUAACCCUCAGGUUAGUUUUACUGUUUCUGUCAAACAAGUGUUACAAAGAUUAAGGACCUAAUUUUAUUGUACUUUGUUUCAAUAGACAAACAGCAAAUAUCAGCCGCA